UCGUCAGCUAAGUCGUCAGCAGUUUAGUUUGUGCCCAGAGUGACACUGACUUCCGGCUGUUCACAGCUUAGUUUGAACCACAUUUUUUCCCAGAAAUAUGUCUACCAACAGUGUAAAUGACCCCAGAAGACCCAAUAAAAUAACAAGAUACAAGCCUCCAAGUAGCAGUGGACCCGGAGAUGAUCCUACACCAGACUACAUGAAUCUUCUUGGCAUGAUAUUUAGUAUGUGUGGUCUCAUGAUGAAGCUGAAGUGGUGUGCCUGGUGUGCAGUGUAUUGUUCUUUCAUCAGCUUUGCAAACUCAAGAGCUUCAGAAGAUACCAAACAAACAUUGAGCAGUUUUAUGUUGUCAAUAUCAGCAGUAGUGAUGUCAUAUCUACAGAAUCCACAGCCAAUGACCCCGCCAUGGCAAUGACCUUCACCUUAGUUUUACCAUUCCAUUGUAACUCAUUGUAACCAGUAUUAUAACCAGGAUUAAAGCAAAUGGAGAUGUAGGAAAAAGUUCUAAAAGACAGAGACUUAAUGAGAAAAUGUUUGUUUCCCAACAAGCUUGAAAAUUUUUUAAUAUAUCAGUUUUACAAACCGAUCAAUAUUGUUUCCUGUUUUACAUGCCUGUAAAAAUUACUUAACAUUCAGAUUGAUAUUUCUUUGUGAUUUUGACUGUUCUGCGUUGAAGGUGAACUUGAAUAGAUGGAAGAUGAAGAUGUUGCUAGUGUUUGUAUGUUUUAGUGUUCAUUCAAUUUGUCAGUCUGAAGUGAAGAAAUGUAUAAUUGUUCAAGACAAGACUGGUUUUCAUUUUAGAAAUGCAAUUUUUUAUUGGUAUAGCCAAUCAGUUUGAGAAAAUGACAGGAGACGGAUUCACGCUCAACUGAAUUAGAGAGGUGUUUUCUAAAUGAAGAUAGUUACUUCCCUUAGAUUAAAGUAGAAGAUGUAUUUUCAAAAUUUUGGCAUUUUAUUGAAAUUGAUUAUUUCAAGUUAGGCAGGUAUUAUAACAUAGCCCUUAAAAAAUUGAGUAUUUAGUAUAUUUGUUUGUUACUUUUAGAAUAAUUAUGUAUUAUAUAUUUAUUAAGGUAAUGGACCUGUAAUGGUAAUCUGCAAUGUACAUGAGAGUCUCAUCAUGCUGUUUUGGCAUUCUCUUGCUGCUGCUAAUGUAGUUUAUACGAACAACGAGCUGGAAAAUGCUAAAAUCACAUACAGAGAAAAAGUUAUUGCAUUGAAAUUGCAAAUAUUCAUUAAUAGGUACAUUACUUUAAUUAGCUUUUAAAUCUUAACAUGGUUUUAAUUUUGUGUUUGCAAAACAUUUUUCUUUUUGUAUACUUUUAUACAAAUUCACAUAACUCAGUGUUCAUCCAUGUUUUUUUUGUAGUUAAUUUUAUGAAAUGCAACCAGAUAAAUAAUAUAUACUAAUUUGUAAGCUGUUGUAUUGAAUAUUUCCAGUGCAAUGUCAGAAAAAUGUAAAAAAAUGAAAUUGUGAAAAUAAAGAUCUACACAGUUGAA